UAGCGAGUGCUCACACAACAGUUCUCAUGCUACGUGCAAGCAGCACAUUUGAAGAGGGAGCCCCAGCAGCCUGCCCGGAGGAUGAAUGAACCCUACAGCCCCACAGCGCCCAGACCCAUGACCAACACCUCGCCCAGCACCAUGAAAAUGUUCAUGUGCUUCCUCACAGUAUUUAUGGUAGCACAGACGAUUGGGACUGUACUGGUCUGUUUGUAUCUUCACAUGAAGAUGGACAAGAUGGAAGAGGCGCUGAGCUUAAAUGAAGAUUACGUCUUCCUGCGGAAAGUACAGAAAUGUCAGACGGCAGAAAGUCAGAAAUCGAGCUUCUUGGACUGUGAUAAGAUUUUAAGAGGCUUCCAGGAUCUCCAGUGCAAGGACGGCGGGGUCAGCAAGGAGCAGCCGAAGUUCGAAAUGCAGAAAGGCCACGAGCGCUCCCACUCCAAGGGCAAGAACGAGACGGCGGCGGCAGCGGAGAAGAGGCAGCCGAUCGCCGCCCACCUGGCCGGGGCCAAGAGCAGCAAGGCGGUCCCAGUUUUAGAGUGGAAGACGACGGGAUACGCGCCCAUGAACAGCCUGAUCUCCUACCAGGCCGGGAAACUGAAGGUGGAAAGAGCAGGGCUCUACUACAUCUACUCACAAGUCAGCUUCUGCACCAAGGCGACGGCUUCGGCACCGUUCACCCUCUAUAUUUAUUUGUACCUCCCCAUGGAAGACGACCGGCUCCUGCUGAAAGGACUGGACACGCACAGCACGUCGACAGCUUUCUGCGACCUCCAGUCCAUCCGGGAGGGCGGCGUGUUCGAACUGCGGGAGGGCGACAUGGUCUUUGUCAACGUGACAGACUCAACGCUAGUGAACUACAGCCACGGCAGCACCUACUUUGGCAUCUUCAAGCUGUAGUGGGGAGGCCCGCCCCGGCUUUGCGGAGCAAAGGGUCUUUCCCUCUUUCCCCUAUUUAUGUUCCUCUGCAUCUUUAUU